CCCCUGGCGCAGGCGCGUUUGCCCCGCAUGGCGGUCCCCGGGGCUGCGUUGGCUGGAUCAGCAAUUGUGAGAAGUAAGAGAAGUAGUACUUGGAUCUGCUAGCAAAUCAGAAAUGAAAGGAUUUGCAUCUGCAGAAUCAGUGGUUGUCUUAGAAGUUUGUUGGAGACCCGACUGAGCUGGCUGCUUCAUGGGGUCAGAACACAGUUAACACUCACUUGUGCACGACUCAUUUUUCUCCAGGCACAAGUGCUUCUCUGUGCUGGGGUGCCAUGGAAGGGCUGCUGACAAGAUUCAGAGCGCUGGCCACCUGCAGCCACCAGCUCUCCGGGUAUGUUCCCUGCAGGUUUCACCACUGUGCCCCAGGGAGAGGGAAGCGCUUGGUGCUGUCCCGAGUGUUCCAGCCCCAGAACCUUCGGGAAGACCAGGUGCUCUCCCUGGAGGGCAGAUCUGGAGACCUGACCUGUAAGAGCCAGCGGCUGAUGCUACAGGUGGGCCUGAUCCACCCAGCAAGCUCUGGCUGUUACCACCUCCUGCCUUACACCGUCCGUGCCAUGGAGAAGCUGGUGCGGGUGAUAGACCAGGAGAUGCAGGCCAUUGGGGGCCAGAAGGUCAACAUGCCCAGUCUCAGCCCAGCAGAGCUCUGGCGAGCCACCAACCGGUGGGACUUGAUGGGCAAGGAGCUGCUAAGACUUAGAGAUAGACACGGCAAGGAAUACUGCUUAGGACCAACUCACGAGGAAGCCAUCACAGCCCUGGUCGCUUCCCAGAAGACACUUUCCUACAGGCAGCUUCCGUUCCUGCUGUACCAGGUGACAAGGAAGUUUCGCGACGAGCCCAGGCCCCGCUUUGGUCUUCUCCGUGGCCGAGAGUUUUACAUGAAGGACAUGUACACCUUUGACUCUUCCCCAGAGGCUGCCCGGCAGACCUACAGCCUGGUGUGUGAUGCCUACGCCAGCCUGUUUGACAGGCUGGGGCUGCGGUGUGUCAAGGUUCAGGCAGACGUGGGUAGCAUUGGGGGCACGAUGUCGCAUGAGUUCCAGCUACCAGUGGAUGUUGGAGAGGACCGGUUCGUAGUCUGUCACAGCUGCAGCUUCUCAGCCAACAUGGAGACACUAGACUUGUCACAAAGGAACUGUCCUGCUUGCCAGGGACCACUGACCGAAACCAAAGGCAUUGAGUUGGGGCAUACGUUUUACCUGGGCACCAAGUACUCCUCCAUUUUCAAUGCCCAGUUUAUCAACAUCCACGGCAAACCAUCCCUGGCUGAAAUGGGGUGCUAUGGCUUGGGUGUGACUCGGAUCUUGGCUGCUGCCAUCGAGGUGCUCUCUACAGAAGACUGCAUUCGCUGGCCUGGCCUUCUGGCCCCUUACCAAGUCUGCCUCAUCCCCCCGAAGAAGGGCAGUAAGGAGGCAGCGGCCACAGAGCUCACGGAGCACCUGUACGACCACAUCACAGAGGCGGUGCCGCAGCUGCGAGGGGAGGUCCUGCUGGAUGACAGGACCCACCUGACCAUUGGAAACAGACUGAAAGACACCCACAAAUUUGGCUACCCCUUUGUGAUCAUCACUGGCAAGAGGGCCCUGGAGGACCCUGCCCAUUUUGAGGUUUGGUGCCAGCACACCGGUGAGGUGACCUUCCUCACCAAAGAAGGCGUCAUGGAAUUACUGAGCCAAGUGCAGGUUGUCUAGAUGCCCCCAGCCCACCCCUGCCCCAUCCCUCAGCCUUGGAGUUCAUUCUGAUGCUGCCUUUUCCUUCACUCCUUUCUGCACCUGGUCCAGAAAUAGCAGCUCAUGGAAGGUGAGAAACCAAUGUUAGGGAAACCAGUUUUUAUCCAGUCAUUUGUUCAAAGUAUUUGUUUUUAAAGUUGUUAACUUGGCCCCUUUCUCUGGGCUGGCCAUGCUGCCACAUACUCAUUUCUUUUAUAUUCCAGUGUGGAAGCUUCUGUUAGGAGUCAGAGAAGCAAGAAAGAGCAGAGUUCUCGUCGUGGCCCUCAGGAGUCACUUCCCAUGUGUAGUGUGGGAGUGGCUGAUGGUCGGGGCCCUCCGAGCUCUGACAGCCCGACCACAUACCAGCUGCUGCAUACGGCCUGGGAGCAGGCCCACCAGCCUCCUCCACUGGGACAUGUCCUCUGCCUGCUGGGGCCUCAGUCCCCCAUCUGCGCCAUGAGAAGAUGGAACUAGAUCUGUAAAGUUAACAGCCGUCUGUCGCGGGCUGUUUCCAUGAGCGGUUCAUGACAGACCUGGUUCCUGACCCUCCUUAGUCUAAGCUACACAGAAAGUUGAAAUAAUCAUCGAAUGGCCCCAAAACCACCUCCAGAGACCUGGCUCUAUUUAGGUGGCUCUGCACUGAGAUCAUGUUGGAUCAAUUGAAUAAAGUCAAACUAUUGGGAUGAGCCUUGCAUGUUCUUUUGAAACGACGGUGACACCUGCCAUCUAAAUAGUGUAGUGGCUUCCAGUCUUGAGACUUCUUUUUCUACCAUGUCUACACUACACUCCGAACGAAAAAAAAAUGGGUGGCUGGGAAAGUGCUCUAAGCCAUUUCUCUCCACAAGUAUCAGGGAUAGCAGGCUUCAAGUGCCAUGGUGACCUUGUCCUCAGUGCAGGGUCGGAUCCAAGAGCCACAACAGGGGUGACUAUUAAGGUCUCUGCCUGAAUUAUGGGAAAACUAGGAGCAGACUUGAGCCAUCACUGCAGGGCCGCCUGCUUCCAUUGCUCCUACUCACCAGAUCAGGGUCUCGACGUGCCCAAAUCUAACAAGAAUUUAUCAAGGGCAAGCUCAAAGCCACCAUCUCCUGGAAAACAUGCCUGACAGCUCCUGGAAGUGGCUUUCCCUCUGGCUCCCUGGCACUCCUGUUCGGCCCUGAUAGCAUUCCUCCUUGUUUGGGGCAUACAGGUCCUUGUUUGGUGGGCCUGCCUCAUGUAGUUGAUGGUCAGCUCCCUGCGGCCAGGGUCCUAGGCUGAUUCCUAGUGCACUGCAGUUCUGUCUAGGCCAGUUGUUCCACCUGCCACGCAGAUGCCCAGUAGCUUGUUAUUGCCACUGCUGUUACUGCUAGAGUAACCCCAUCACCACGCACACACCAUCAGGUUGCCUAAUUAAUGCAUAUGCCAAGCCCUAAUGACUCCCAGGCCUACCCCUGGAGCUUGGGACCCAGCGUUUAAGCCAGGAGAUGUGGAUUCUGAGAGCAGACCUAGAAAGGCUGGGCUGCGAGGCAGGAGAGCUUACCCUUGGCUGUACAUUGGGAUCACCUGGUUCCCACCUGGAGGUUCUGGUUACGGUCUGGCGUGUGGCCGGGUGUCGGGGAUUUUAAAGCUCUCUGGAUAACUCUAAUAAUGUGCAAAGCGAUUGUACAGGUAGUUGCCUUCUGUGAGCCCACCUUGUAGUUAAGCGUUUCUUUGCGUAAUUUCGGUUGUACAUUAUCAGACUGAUGUGAGCUCUCUGCUUUUAAUAACCUGGUCGUGUAUUUGUUGGGGGCCUGCCAUGUGCCACUGUGCUGCGAUGCCCUUUUAGAGGCCAUUUUCAGACCUUGAAACUGCUCAGGAGGUGCUAUUAUUCUCAUUUUACCAACGAGCAAAUCUAAAGUUUAAGCAACUUAAAGAUGAGCAGUUCUUAAGUAUCAGAGCUAGAAUCUGCAUAUUGACCCAAACCUCUGUCCUCCCCACUACACUGUAUGGUCUCUGCCUACACAAAAGUGAUUUCAGUAAAUAAAACUGAAUUAUUUAUCUAAUCGAGUUAGCCCAAAGUAGAUGAGAAAUUAGAAUUCGUGCA